AUGUCCCCAACAUACACACUGCACGAAGUCACGACUCGCGCCGAAUCAGACGCAAUUGUCGAUUUAGCUUGGGUUGCCUGGCGCGAACCCUACAUAUCGUCUUUCCAACUUUUCCAUCCAGUACAUGGUCCCACAGCUCAAGAUCACGAUGCGGCUGUCUUGGCCGACAAGGAGAGAGCAUGGAAUACUCAUUUGGCAUACAAGGAGGGUGUUAGCCAUUGGAUUUAUGUAGUCGACCAGAGUAAUGGUGCAGUCAUCGGUGCUUGUCAGUGGCUCAUAUUUACAGAGACGUCAUGGCCCAACGAGCUCCCCAAUAUAGUUGCAACUUGGUGGCCGGAAGGAGAAGGUAGGAAUUUCGCAACCGAGUUUGUGAGACAGUGUUAUACACCUCGGCAACAAUGGAUGAAUAGACCUCAUAUAGCUCUGAAUCAAACUUCAGUACAUCCAAAGUACAGAGGAAAAGGUAUCGGCACACUUCUCAUGGACUGGGGCACCAACAUGGCAGAUAAGUUAGGAUUGGAAGGAUUCAUCGAGGCAUCAGACAACGGCCGCAGUCUCUAUGAAAAACAUGGAUUCAGAACUCUCAUGAAAUUGUCAAUCAACCUGAAAAAGAAGAACGCAAGUGGAGAAUGGAAUAGGCUGAUGCAUGAAUUGGGAUCGUUUCAUUUUUAUAUCAAUUAUAGGCCAAUUGGUGGAGUAUUUGAAGAAGGAAAGCCACAGACACCCUGGCAGGUCGAUCAGAUGUUGGCGAAGGAGAGUAGAAGUGAGGUAAAAUUUCCUGUUAUGAAGCUCGACCAAUAGGACGGUCAGGUCAACCUAUCAAGUUUGUUUUCAUGAAUUCUUAGCAACCAUGGCGGAAAUCUGCCGUUGCUAGUGUUGCGCACUUUGCAAACAGAAACAAAUGUUUAGCUCAAGGGAACUAGCUAGUAUGAACAUAGCUAGCGCAUUAUGGACUGAAAUUAAGACAACAGCAUUGGAUCCUACCAUCUUGAAGCAUACGCCAUGUGGAAUAUGAUCUAGAAAAGUUCGAUCGUGAAGGAUAUAAGUGCAGUCAAAGAAAUUGGCAUCUUGGACAACACACUCCAACCCUUUGAAGAAGCGAUGAAUAUACGCCGAAGAAACCUUACGAUUGUCAAGCGAUGUGACAAUCUGCAAAUUGGAUUGUGUAAAAUAAGGGGCCAGAUAGUA